AUGGAGUAAUAAUAAACAGCUUAAGGAGAACCAAAUAUCGAAUAAGACAUUAAUACUGUAUUUGAUAAUUUAGAAUACAUAAGAACUAAUAUUAAUUGUGAAAUACCAUAAAUUCCUAAGGAGAGCAUAGUACUUAUCUUUCUUGGAGAAUUUGAAUAAAAAUUUAAAGUUUUCUUUUCACACUUUUAGAUUAAACAAACCAUAAAAGAUGAGAAAUAUUUUAAGAUAAUUAGAAUAGAAAAAUUAGGAAAAAUUAGUUUUUUAUUAAAUUUUCCUUUGAUCUUAUAAUAGGAUGACUAAAAUAAUGAAUAAGCAUUGAAUUUAUGCAUUUCAAAAAUAUAUGCAGAGUAAGCAUUUCAGAAAAUGGAAAAUUGCAAAAUAUAGUUAAUUGUAGAUGUAAAUUAACUAAACGGAGAUGAUGAUAAGGCAAAAUUCAAUAGCAUUAUAAAUGAUUAAGUUUUUUACUUUGGAAAAUAUUAUUUUAAGGAAAAUACAUUUUUAUUUCUUAGGCCAUAGAAUGAAGACGAAUGGAACCUAUAGACAAUUAAAAAAAAUCAUUAAAAUAAAUAAAAAAAUGAGAAGGAAUAUCAGUUUAACUGUGAUUCUAAAGUAUAAAAAGAUUAUGAAGUUUUAAAGUCAAUCUUCAAAGCUACAUCAAAUUUUUCUCAACUAAAAGUCAAUUCAGAUAGUUUUUUGGAUUAUGGAAAAAUGAACACUUAUUUAAAAGAUUUCUAAGAAAUUUUAGCUCCAUAAUUUGAUAAUCUAUUAAAAAAAUUUUAAAAGCAACUUCUUCUUUUAUAAUAAAUGCCAAUUAUUCAAUCUCAAGAUGAUACUAUUAAAAAAGUUGGAAAUUAUUUCAAAGCAUUAUAAGUAGAUAUUAUUAAUGAAGAGAAUCCACUUACAAAUAGUUUUGCUGAUAUUAGUAAAGUUUUUGAAUUUAUAAAUAAAGUUAAUAAAGGAAAUAUAGCAAUAGAAUUAAAUUAAAGAAUUUAACAAAAAAUAAAUAGUAAAUUAAUGCAAUAAUUUUUAGAAGAUAAUAAAAUUGAAAAAAUAAGUAUAUAACCUUUUUUUAAUGAUAAUGUCUAAAAUAAAUUAAAUAAAAUCAUAGAUUUUUAUAAAAUAUAUCAGAUCUUAUUGCUAUAAACAACUCCAAUUGUAGAAGUUUAAAAUUUGAUAAUUAAUCUUUAAUUUUGGUGCUAAUAUUGUGAAGAAGCCAUAGAAAAUAUUCUAUAUGAAUUAAAUUAAAUUGUAAAGAAAAUAUAAGAAGGACCAUAAAAUGAAAUUGAAAAUGGUGUCUAUUUUAUAGGUGUAACAAAAUCAGGGAAAUCUACUAUUAUUAAUGCUAUUCUUAAUCCUGAUAAACUUGAAAUGACUAAAAUUUUAGGUUAAAAAUGUUACGAAAUUAAGUAAGGAUUUCAGACAAAAUUUAAAAUUGGUUAAGGAUAGGUUAGUAAGACUUAAUAAAUUAAUGGAAUUUAUAUUGGAAAAAAGGAGGAACUUGAUAAUAUAUUUUAUAAGUAAGAAAACAAUCAACAGAUUAAUAANAAAAUGGAAAAUUGCAAAAUAUAGUUAAUUGUAGAUGUAAAUUAACUAAACGGAGAUGAUGAUAAGGCAAAAUUCAAUAGCAUUAUAAAUGAUUAAGUUUUUUACUUUGGAAAAUAUUAUUUUAAGGAAAAUACAUUUUUAUUUCUUAGGCCAUAGAAUGAAGACGAAUGGAACCUAUAGACAAUUAAAAAAAAUCAUUAAAAUAAAUAAAAAAAUGAGAAGGAAUAUCAGUUUAACUGUGAUUCUAAAGUAUAAAAAGAUUAUGAAGUUUUAAAGUCAAUCUUCAAAGCUACAUCAAAUUUUUCUCAACUAAAAGUCAAUUCAGAUAGUUUUUUGGAUUAUGGAAAAAUGAACACUUAUUUAAAAGAUUUCUAAGAAAUUUUAGCUCCAUAAUUUGAUAAUCUAUUAAAAAAAUUUUAAAAGCAACUUCUUCUUUUAUAAUAAAUGCCAAUUAUUCAAUCUCAAGAUGAUACUAUUAAAAAAGUUGGAAAUUAUUUCAAAGCAUUAUAAGUAGAUAUUAUUAAUGAAGAGAAUCCACUUACAAAUAGUUUUGCUGAUAUUAGUAAAGUUUUUGAAUUUAUAAAUAAAGUUAAUAAAGGAAAUAUAGCAAUAGAAUUAAAUUAAAGAAUUUAACAAAAAAUAAAUAGUAAAUUAAUGCAAUAAUUUUUAGAAGAUAAUAAAAUUGAAAAAAUAAGUAUAUAACCUUUUUUUAAUGAUAAUGUCUAAAAUAAAUUAAAUAAAAUCAUAGAUUUUUAUAAAAUAUAUCAGAUCUUAUUGCUAUAAACAACUCCAAUUGUAGAAGUUUAAAAUUUGAUAAUUAAUCUUUAAUUUUGGUGCUAAUAUUGUGAAGAAGCCAUAGAAAAUAUUCUAUAUGAAUUAAAUUAAAUUGUAAAGAAAAUAUAAGAAGGACCAUAAAAUGAAAUUGAAAAUGGUGUCUAUUUUAUAGGUGUAACAAAAUCAGGGAAAUCUACUAUUAUUAAUGCUAUUCUUAAUCCUGAUAAACUUGAAAUGACUAAAAUUUUAGGUUAAAAAUGUUACGAAAUUAAGUAAGGAUUUCAGACAAAAUUUAAAAUUGGUUAAGGAUAGGUUAGUAAGACUUAAUAAAUUAAUGGAAUUUAUAUUGGAAAAAAGGAGGAACUUGAUAAUAUAUUUUAUAAGUAAGAAAACAAUCAACAGAUUAAUAAUUAAAAUGAAUAAGACGUUUUUAGUUAUGAAGAAAUAUUAAAUAAAGAAUAAAUUAAUUAAUUAAAAAUUCCAGAAAAAUGGUUUAUUUUUGAUUGCCCAGGGUUUGAUGAUAAUUCUAAUGAAUAAAUGAGAAUUGCUCAUAGAAUAAGUUUGUUUAAUUAUUUCAAAAAAACUAAAAAUAUUGUUGUUUUUUUUAUAAUUGAUAUUUCAGUAUAGCAAGUUGAAAAUAUUAAAAAUACCUUUGAUCCAAUAGGUUGCCUUUUAAAUAAUAAAAAUGAUUUAUAACAAAAUUUUCAGAGUUGGACUAAUCUCAUUUUAACUAAAGUCAAAAAGGAUUAAAGAAAAGAGUAUAUAAAAGAUUGGAAAUUAGCUUAUAAUGAGUAAUUAGAAUAAAAUUAUAGUUUCUAUAAAUAAUUAUUUGCUGACGAUGAAAGAUGUAUAGAAUUCUUGAGACCUUAAAUGAAUAUGGAUUUAAAUGAAUUAAGAAACUCAAUUAUUGAAAAAGCAAAGAGUUAACUUUAAUAAGAAAAAAAAUAUAACCCAUCUUUUGAGUUUACACUUGAUGAAAAAGUUUGGAGGUUAUAUGAAAAAUGUAUGCCUAAAAUUUAGAUGAAAUUAGAAUAAUUACUUCAAUUAUUUUUUUAAGAUUUAGAAUCAUACAUUGUGUAAAGUGAUGAAACAAUAAAGGAGAAAAAGGAAUAAUUAUAAAAAUUUUUAGAUUGUUUACAUAAUUAAUAAACGAAUAUAAUAAUUAGUGAAAUUAAUGUUAAUAAUUGUAUAUCUCUACUUUAAAAAUUAUCAUAAUGGAUUAAAGGUAAUAAAUAUACAUAAAAAAUUUGUUUUUUUCUUGAAGCAUAUAUUUAAGAUAUAUAGGCUAUUUUAAAAAUAUCAGAAUAUUACAAUAAUAAAAAAAUAGUACCAUUUAAAAUUAAAAUAGAUAUAUAAGUUACAAAGAUUAAGAAUAUUCUUAAAAUAAUUGAAGAGAUAGAAAAAUAAUAUCAAAAUUGUUAAUCAAAAUUUUAUUGUGUCAUUGUAAUGAUAUUUAUACCUCUAGUAGGGUUUGGUUCUAUAAAAUGCACAAAAUCUAUUGCAUAACAUGUUAGGGAUAAAAAUUAACCGAUAGCAAAAGUGA